UUCAUUCAGUUUAAUAAUUUCUCAAAGUUCUUCAAAAUUUGUUCGUCACAAUAGGUCACUGAGCCGCUUGAAACCUUUCACGACGGUUCUCAACCAUCUCGCCGGAAAAUCAUCGCCGGUAUCGCCGCUGCUUACGUCACACCAUCUCCGAUCGAACUUCCACAGAUAAUAUCUGGCACUAUAACUACCUAAUGGAGCCAUCUACUGAAUACCUGGCGUUUGAAGAGAAGGUUAAGAAGACGAUCUACAUCGACAACUUAUCCCCUCAGGUUACAAAAGCCGUUUUAGAAAAUGCUAUCAAUCAGUUUGGGAAUGUGAAAGACGUUCAGUUCAUUCCCACGUAUUUCGCGUCUUGCGGUGUCUGUGCUGCUCUGGUGGAGAUGGAAUCAGCCAAACAGGCUGAAGAAAUCAUCUGUGAGAUGGGUGAUUCUCCUCUUAUGAUAUCUGGAAUGCCCAGGCCCGUGAGAGCCCGAAAAGCCCAAGUUGAAAUGUUCGAGGACCGGCCCAAGAAGCAUCAAAGAACGAUUGUGUGCCGUUGGAUGGAUCCAAGUCACCAAAACUUUGAGCUGGCUAAGAAGAUCAAGGAUCUGACGAAGAAACAUGCUGCUGAGGCUCAAUAUAUAAUGGAGCUACAAGUUAAAGAAGAAGAGAAGCUGCAUAAACAGCAAAGCGAGACCCUGCAGACAAACUACAGGAAGUAUGAGCUGAUUGAUGGUGCGCAAGCAGAUGGAAAUGUGAACCGUUUGAAAGCUGAAUAUGGGAUAAAGCUCAACGACCGCUGAUCUGAUGCUUCUAAUUUUCAUUAGCUUCAUAGAGUUUUGUGCAAUUGAUGGUUUAAGAAAGAUAUUUUAGGCUGUAUAUAUUUGUAAGUAUGCCGUUAGUAUGGGGUUUUGGGAUUGAGUUUUAUAUUAUCAUUGCAUUACUAAAUCAUCAUCCUGGGGUUUGAUACACCCCUGCUAACAUACUUUGAUGCACCAUUGUAAUGCGGUUUGUGCAUACAACUUGAUUACAACAGCACACCACGUAUUGAUUACUGGUUGUAAUGAAUUAUAUGGCUUAUCUGUGCAAA